GAGAAGGAUAGAGAGUUCGUGUGUUGGCAAAAUAAACAGCUGUCGGCACUGAUCCUAGUCGGAAAUUAGCUGUCAUAUUUCAACAGGACCUCCUAAUUACUCUUUCUAUAAUCUGAAGUGACAUACAGAGUUGCUCUCAUUUUAGGGAAAUCCACCGACAAUGCAGGACCAAUUCAUUCCCAUCGAUAUUCACACUAAUAAAUUACCGGACUGGUUGGUGAGUCGACGACACUGUAUAAGAGACUGGCAGCCUCAGGUACAAUUGAUCAGAGAGAAAAUCAACAAUGCCAUCCAAGACAUGCCUGUCCAUGAGGGCAUUGCCCGCCUAUUAUCUGGAACUUAUAUUAACUACUUUCACUGCUUAAAAAUUAUUGAAAUUUUGAAAGAAACAGAAGCUGAUAGUCGAAAUGUCUUUGGACGUUAUGGUUCUCAAAGAAUGAAAGAUUGGCAAGAAAUUGUUCGGAUGUAUGAAAAAGACAAUGUGUAUCUCUCUGAAGCUGCUCAAAUGCUCUGCCGUAAUGUGCAGUAUGAGGUGCCAAGCAUCAAGAAGCAAAUCGCGAAGUGUGAACAGAUGCAAAGUGAGUGUGACAGAAGAGAAACUGAACUGAAGAAGCAGGAGAAUUCAGCACGAAAUGAUUUUAAUAGUUCAUGUCAAAAACUGGGCAUUAGUGGGAAAAGCAUCCGGAAAGAGCUUGUAGAGCGCUGUCAUGAGCUUCCCAAGAUUUAUAGUGGAAUGGCACAGGCAUUACCUUCUUUAGAUCAGGCUGCUAAAUUUUACCGAGCCUUCAUGCAUUUUAUGUGUGGAUCAGACCAUAAAAGAGACUCUAUUCCAUUGCUUUUAUUUAUGAUUGAAAAUGGUAAUACUACCACUUAUGAGUGGAUUCACAAGGAGAAACCGUUGCGAGUAGAGGAACCUCGCAUGAAUAUUGCUGAUGAAGAGGAAGGAAAAAAAGAUGAUAUUGACUUUGGAGAUGAUAUUGAUUUUGGUGAUAUAAAAGUAGAAACAGAUUAUUCUGGUGAGGAUGUGAAGCUAGAAACAGGUGAUAUUGAUUGGGGCACUGGUGAUGAUAUUCUAAUUGAGAAUACCUCAGGUGGAGAUGAAAUAGAUUUCAAUAUUUCUUUAGAGGAGAGUGGAAUUGAAGUUCAAGGAGGUGGACUUGAAGGGGGAGUAGCUUCUGGAAGUGAUGCGUUAGCAUUGUUUGACAACCCUGUCACAAGAAUAAGCUUUGUCAAUGACCUAUUAGAGGUUGAAUCUUUCCUGAAAAUGCGUCUCCAUGAAAUGAAGUCUGGUGGAAAUGAUCUGUUGUCUUUGGCACAACUUCAGAAUGCUGAAUCAUUUCUGCAAGUUCAGACUACUGAUAGUGUUCAAAAAAUGCUCACCACUGUUCAGACUAUGAUCACCAAAAUAAAUGAUCCAACAUUGUAUCAUUUGCACAAUAUUAGACAUUCUCCACGAUAUGUAGAUAAUCUUGCUGUCACACUGAAGCAGAAGCUGAGUCUAGUUGACAAGAGCAUUGCUCUGCAGGGUCGAGUUCGUGAAAAACGGGUGGAACAUGGAGAAUUGGCAAGAGAUCUGCGUCCCAAGCUUGACUUAGUUAUUUCUAAAACAAAAGUACUGCAGAGUCAGAUUGAAGAAGAUAUUUCGAAGAAAUAUAAGGGACGUCCAGUGAACAUAAUGGGUGGUGUAAACACUUUAUAAAUUUGUUAUCUUUUAAAUAUAAAUAUUGUUUUAAUUUUGAUCUUUAUUGGAACAUACCAAACAUUUUGGUAAGCGCAGGCCAUGUAUUCCAUUAAAUCGGAUGGGGUAUGAAA